AUGAACGAAAAAAUUAAUUUAAACUUGCGGAUCAGUGGUAUUAACUCGGCCUAUGGAGAUGAGUUGGGCAAAAUUUUUCACAUGUGCCUGCCCCGGCUAAGUUCGCUAAAAUCUGCCAAAGCAACCGAGGAAGUGGUCUGGCCUUCUGAUCAAGGAGUCGAGGAGGACGACAGUCAGGGCUCGUUGGAAAACCCCAAAACUCCAUCAUCGGGCGAACGUGUAGCGAAGGGCUCCUUUGACAUGAGUAUCGUAAACUCGGUUGAGAGUUAUACCGAUUAUCUGGAUAGGGCGUCAAUUCAAACAGUCGAUGAUUUGGCCAGAAUGAUAGUUCGAAAAGCAUUGUUUGGAAUACUGGAAAAACCUAUGCCUGAUAUAGAAGGUGAUGUGGCCAAAUUGUGUCAAGAUUUCUGCGAGCGGAGCGGCUAUUCCAAAUAUUCUCUCGAUAGUCUAGCUGAAGCCAUCGUCGACAAGGUGCUAGCAUGUCUCACUAAUCCAAUUACGCCACCAUCAUUUGAUCGGACAGUUGAAGACGAAAUUAAACACACCAUUUAUCAAUGUUUGCGUGGUGAACAGGAGGAAUGUAAGUGGAGUAAAUUGCCAAAAAUUAAAUCGUCACAAGUGGGAGGUAGAACAGUCACAAGGACAUCGGAAAAUACGCAAACUUUACCGGUUCUAAGCUUCCGCAAAACGCUCCAGAGGACUGAUAGAGACAAAGUAAUCGGGGAAUUGGAGCUGAAUUCGGAAAACGAAGACAAGACCAGAUCAAGCAUUUCUCUCAAAGAUAAGGUGAGCCCGCUACCUGGGACAAAUACUACACUGGAGACUUACCAAGAAACCGAGACGCGCCAAGACGGUGGAGGCGGUCAACCACAGGGAAAAGACACUCAGCCUGUGAAAGACGUCCGUAGACGUCAGUCAUUUGAGGGCAGUGAAACAAAUGUUCAGAAGCCAAUGUUUCCAGCCUUGGAUGGAGGUUCGAAGUCGAUCGCUUCAAUGUCUCAAGAUGGUGGCGAGGGAAAGGUUGCUUUCCGACUGUGCGGACAAAAAGAUCGGGUUGACUUUGUGGACAAGAAGAGAACGGUAGCAAUCAGCUGCAGCACGGAACCGUCGGUAUGUCGAAUUCUGGAUCAUGUGUUUACAAAUGUGGCCGAGCAAAUUUCUACCCAAUUGGAGGCAACUCAGAAUGCACGUUCAAGUGCGGAAUGUAAGGAAGUUGAAGUGAAUCAGCAAGCGCUCUAUGUUGUACAACGCGUCAUCUCUAAUUUAGCCAUUCAAAUGUCAGCCGCAUCGACUAGAGCUUGCGAAUCGUUGGAAGAAAGUGAAGCAAUUAAGAGACGAGCCACUAGCAUAGGUAGACGAGUUCUAUCUCACCCUGACAUUUCACCAACUUUUCGUACUUCUGACAUUGAUAUGAGGAACAGGGCGAUGUGUAUCGUAAAUAGGAUUGUAUUAGGUGCGUUGUAUGAGCUGUCAAAGGGUCAAAACAGCAGCAAUCAGAAUGCCUUGCAGGAGGAAGAAGAAGAAGAAGCUGAUGCUCCAAUUCCCAUUGUUUGGCGGCCACGUGGAAUAUCAUUGGCGCGUGCAUUUAGAACAGGAAGACUCGCAACCUGA